AGGAGAAUAUAGCCAUGGAGAAGUUUCUGCGGUCGUGGCGACAGGAUGCGCUGAACCGCGGCCAACACGAUGCGGCGAUCUACAUUGGGGAUAAAGUGCUUGCCUUGACGAAUAGCGAUUCCGACGCCUUCUGGCUGGCCCAAGUGCACUUCUCCAACAGCAACUACACGCGGGCAUUGGCGCUGCUCUCACGCAAGGAUUUGAUCGCGCGGAGCACUGCGUGUCGGUAUCUAGCAGCUCACUGCUAUAUUAAACAGAACUACUUUGAGCAGGCACUGUCAGUGCUGGGAGACCACAAUCCGACCCAUCUGAUCAGCAGUGGCAGCAGCAACAGUCGUCGCAAGUUUCAGCACCUCAAUGGCAACAGCCAUGUCACCCUGCGUAAUGGCAAGACUACUGCGUCUCGGUCGGACCGUGCCGACCGCAGCGAAGAACGGGAGCGUGAGGAUGCCAACAAUAUCAGAUUCGAGGCGGCUAUGUGCUAUCUACGAGGGCUGUGCUUUGCCAAACAAAAUGCCUUUGAUCGCGCGCGAGACUGCUACAAGGAUGCUGUGCGCAUAGACGUGCAAUGCUUCGAAGCGUUCGACCAGCUGAUGAAAAACUCUCUCAUGUCACCCGCGGAGGAGCUCCAGUUCCUCGAGUCGCUCGACUUUGACUCCAUCUCCGCUCCGGACCCGUCUACGGCGCAGGAAGCGGCGCACUUCACGAAAAUGCUCUACACAACUCGCCUGUCCAAAUAUUCAUCGCCAGCGAUUCUUUCAGAUGCGACGGAGACCUUGUCGACACACUAUAACCUCGCGGAAAACCCAGAUAUCCUCCUGUCGCGCGCCGAGGCCCUGUAUACUCAAUGUCGGUUUGCUGAAGCGCUAGAACUGACUUCCUCCAUCUUGGCGUCAUCCUCGCAAGCGUCUUCAGCGCUUUCCACAGCGCCCCAUCUUCCGGGCCAAAGCCACCUCGGUCAUCCCCCGGCUGUGUAUCCGCUUCAUCUUGCCUGUCUCUACGAAACAGGAAACACCAACGCCCUCUUCCUUCUGGCGCAUACCCUUGCGGACAACGCACCGGAGGAGUCUUACACGUACCUGGCUAUCGGGGUGUACUAUCUUUCCGUAUCUAAAAUUGCCGAGGCCCGCCGGUUCUUCUCAAAGGCCUCACUACUAGACCCGCAUUCGGCGCCGGCAUGGAUCGGAUUCGCCCAUACCUUCGCGGCCGAGGGCGAGCAUGACCAGGCGAUUGCCGCAUACAGCACGGCUGCGCGACUCUUCCAGGGUAGCCACCUACCGCAGCUGUUUUUAGGCAUGCAACACCUGGCCCUGAACAACAUGUCGCUGGCCCACGAGUAUCUCUGUGCAGCCUACGCCAUGUCGACUGGCUCGGCUUCCGGGUCGAUGCCCGUGAUAUCUGCUGAGCCUUCUGCGGGUCUCUCUCCAUUAGGGGGCGAUCCCCUUGUCUUGAAUGAACUUGGCGUCGUUCUAUACCACCAGAACCACCUGGACGGCGCCGUCGAACUCUUCCGGCAGUCCCUCUCCCUGGCCACGACCCUUCACUGUGAGCCGGGCGCGUGGGUGGCCACACGUGCCAACCUUGGCCAUGCUCUCCGUCGAGUCGGACGCUUUCCGGAUGCCCUGAUUGAGUUUGAGGAGUGUCUCAGGGUCGGUGCGGGCGGAGCCAGCCUUGGCUACAGCACAUCCCUGGGUGGCAGCGGGGGUUCAAGCGCCGGAUUCGCUACCUCUUCUGGGGUCGGUGGAUACGAGGAUCGUGGCCUGGUGGGCUCUCUAUACACUUCUCGUGGCCUGGUGCUGUUGGAAAUGGGCCGCACCAUGGAGGCCGUUACCUCUCUACAUGAAGCAGUUCGCGUACUUGGGGCUAGCGGCGGUGGGGAUGCAGCCGGUGGAGCGGGUAUUGCUGGCACUCUGCUCUCACGCGCACUAGAGAUUUGGGCUCUAGAAGGCCGUGGGAAGGAAAGGGCGUCGGCUUUCUCUCCGUUCGAUCCCCAACCGGGCCACAUUCCUAGUCGCAGUUCGACACGGUCAUCGCGCGAAAAGGGGAAAUCCUCCAGGAGCAACCGCAAUGUACAAUACGCCGAUGAAUGGACAGACGAGGUGCCCGAUCUAAACGCCACAGUCAAUGGUGCUGGUGCUGGUGUCGUCGACACACUUGAAGAGAAAGUAGAAAUGGAGCUGGAUGCCGAGGCCGACGGUCUCCUCCACCAGGCCCUGGAUCGUGUACGGCCCGCCCGCACCAUGAGGAACAACAGACAAGCCAUUUCCAGGAUGACAACCAUGAGUCCAGAUACGGAGAUGAACGAGAUGACACCUGCUCCGGCCAGUCGGGGCCGUAGCACUCGCUCCACUCGCAGCCAUAGCAGGCAGCUAAGUGGAUCGUGAGUGCUGGUCAAGUCGGCAGUCAGCCCCCUCUAUUUAUUCCACGACCGACGGAGUAGUAGUGCUCCUUCGGGUCUCAAUUAUCGGCUUUCCUUUAGCUUUCUCUUUCUAUCAUCCCCCUGCAUUGCGAGGCGUUUCUUUCUUGGGCUCGGUUUUGCCACGUGUGCAUCCCAGCUAACAUUGGUCAUCUUCAAUACCUUGUGGCACCG